CCAUUUGCCAGGCGCGCUGUUGUGCCUUGAUGCUUGGGGUUUGUUCAAAGACGGAUUCAGCAGAUUGGCUUGGUUGCCUCGUGGACUGCCACCGCUUAGGUUUUACUCGAAAUGUUCUGAAGUGUCCAUUACGUGAAGAGGCUGUUUCCUGCGGUGAAGUGCUCGGAGCACCCAAUGGCCGCUGACCCUUGUUUCUCUGCACGCCCACUUGUUUCGAGCGGUAUCAAGGGUGGGGAGAGGCUCAAAUAGCCUCGGUGUGCCUUGACAAUGUUGUCGUCUGGCUUGGCCUUUUGCUCAGACGUAGAUGUGUGGAAGACGGGAACGAAAAUGUAGACCGGAAGCCAGAGUCGACACGUGAUUCGAAGGUCGCCCGUCGCUUCGCUGAACGUAUUCGUGUUCCUGCCGACAUUUCUCACAUUUCCACUUUACCAUUCGCCUAAUAAUGACAUACUGUCGAAAGGACAAAUCGACGAUCGAGCUGACGGCUGCGACAGCUGCUCCAGUUUCGUGCGAGGGUGCGGUGACUGAGAACUUUCGAACAAGUCGUCGCUCUAAAGAGGACCCACUUGUUCACUUGCAUUCCACGCUCCACGGACGGUCACCUCUCCGUCAGACAUGCGUCAACAUGGACCGGGUUUCCCCAUUCUGCGGGACAGAGGGCUGCGUAGGCUCGUGCGCGGGGUCUUACUGCAUGGGGUAUGGACAGUGCCAAUGCGACAUAAAUCCACACAGGGCUCGCGGUGAGCGCCGAACAGACAGACAUGGGUGCACAACAGGAGUGCACGCACACUGGACUGGGGCUGCCAGAAGGCAUGCGUCGUCUCUGCACCCCCGCGGACACCGAUGCCAGGGCAAGCGACGCCCGUGCCCACUCUCCCUGUUUCCUGGUUCCUGCCGGCCAUGCGGCUCUUUCGGGUAUCCGAGAUCCUCGAUGAGUUCUCUGGCGUCGGAUGCAAACAACUCCAGCAGCGCAGCGGACAUCGUCCAUGACUUCUGUACAAAAAUCUGUGACCCUGUUUCUGUGUCGUCUUUUGCUGAAGUGGGCGGCUCACCUCGUUCAUCGGAUGCAAGCUCGCGACCAUUGGGGAAGGCGCUACGAAAGUCGCGCUUGGUGGGCUUCUUUCUUGUCCCUGUUUUCGUCGUGUUCUUCGUCCUCUCUUCAGAUGCUACAUCCUCUACGAGGGGUGUGGGCGUCCUAUCUGCUCGUGCCGACCGCGAGGAGAAGUCCUCAGUAUCAUCAUCUUCCCGCGCUUCCAGUUCUCCUAGAGCAAGUGCACUGCUUGUCCAAACCACUUAUGCAGAAAACCCGUAUCGAGAUACGAAAGCGGCGGGGUAUACCGGCCGCUCUUCUCGGCGCUCAGCGAGGGCCCGGCGCCGGCGAGCAGCCGACGGCGGCGAGGGUAAAGGGUUUCUGGGGGACAUGCUCAAUAAGUCUAUGCUUGAGACGCGAAGUCGAUCGACUGCGGCCGACCCUUACCAGCAGUUCACUUCCUGCGGCAGUGGUAUGUUUGUCUCUACUGAAGUUGGUGAAGACGGCGGCGUUGAGAAGACAGCGAAAGUCGACGAAUCGAUGAACUGCUGGAACGUCUGCGCGUUCGUUGAAGAUCUGGUAUAUGAUCAGUGUUCCUCGACUCCUUCGCCCACAGAAUGCAUAACCAGGGCAGUGAAAUCCCACUCACUGGUCCCCGAUGGCUACAAAGGCAAUUGCCGGUAUUCAUCGCCGCAGGAUGUCUCUCCUACGUUUUGGGAUGCGGAGCCGGAUAGCGAAUUCUGUCUUGACAAAGGCAUGAACGCGUGGUUGAAAAGCGACUCCUGGGACGACUUUGUUUCUAAAAAGCCGCCCGGGUGUAUUUAUCCUAAGCAGGAUCCUAGCAUACCAGCGUCCACGCCAACAGCGUACGUGAACGAUGCGACGUCGGGCUUGGGGGAAGCUUUGGCCUCGCUAGUCCCCGUGGAGUAUUAUGUAGUGGUGCGGGACGCAGAAGAGGCGAUGAAUAACCCGAUCGAGUAUGGAGCGUACGUGGCAUCGUCGAUUGUGCCGAGAGAGUACUGGGAUAAGGUAUCGUCGGAUGCGAAAGACGGCUGGCAUGUUGCGCGCGCGUUCUCGGUGCCCGACAAACCCGCGGAGUUUGCCGCUCUGACGACGGCGGCAGACGGGUCCUCGACAAGCGCGAAUAUAUGCCUCUACGCGGCCGUCGAGACGGCCAAUCACAGUGAUGGCACAUCUAAGACUUUUGUAAACUACGGAAUGAUUGCACAGACAGAGACAUGUGAGGGGAAAAUAGGUGUUUUGCCUGUUGCCGACAUCCGCGGCAGCGGCAUUCUCGACAGUUCAGCUCAGGAGAUCAGUCGGAAAACGGGGUUUAAUCUAUGUGUGGCCAGGAGGUGGGUCACGAGGCAUUUGUCAGAGAACGGAAUCAAGAGCACGGCUCAAGUCCCCAUGUUUCAAGUAGCGCUGGAUGCGCCCUGUGCCAGCUUCGUUUCCGCUUACGCCUAUACGGACGAAGUGCCUAGUCACUGGGGACAGUGGGAACAAUACUUCGUUGCAAAGACCUACCCUCUAACGCGGGGUAUAUACGGCAUUCCUGACGCAGCCAGAUGCCCCUGGAGCUACGCGGUGCAGUACGGCCUGAAAUGCUACACGAGCAUUGAAUACGAUUUCUACAUGUACCUCGGGAGUUUCGCAGAGGGGCAAAUUGCCUGCCGUCGACUCGUUUCGAAUAUCCAGGUUCCCUCUGACUUCUCCAGGCUUGCUGUCAUGCAAACCGACGAUGACGAGAAAAUCAUGACUUUUCUCUCGGAGCCGGGCACGUUCACGUGGGUAGGCCUGUUUCAAGGUUCCCAAGCACUGUUGCCUGUUAAAACCGGUUUCAUGGACUCGGGCCGAGUCUCUGAGCAAACGUGCCCUGCGGAGGUCUUGGCAACGGGACAGUUUUCGCACCGCAACUCAGAGAUCGAGGAAAAAUGUUUGCAGGCAGGGGCCAAUAUUAGCACUCCUGGGUGGAAGACGACUUGGGGUGGCCUGGACGGCAACUCUGAGAUUGCUCCAUGGGACAUCAAGUGGUGCUCGGGCCAUCCACAGACAGAGAGGAACAAUCGCUACGUUGACUGCGCCGGCCUACGCGUUAAUGACAACAUGGAGUCGUGCAUUGAGUCUGCGCCCUGUGACGAGGCUAACCCCGUUUUUUGCACAUACCCUGUGGACUACGGGCCUUAUCUAGAAACGACGACUCCGCAGGGGCAGAGCUCCACCGGUCCUCGCCUACCGCCGUAUAUCGGCUGCCUUCUCAGAAAGACUUGUGUCAUUCAGUUCACCCUCACACGGCCAGACACGAGCAGUGACACGACUCUACCAGGGGCACACGGCACGAUUUGGGGCGUUCCAUCUGAAGGCGGCUUCUUGGCCGUCAAGGCAAACUGCAUGGCUGUUAAUGGGCCCAUGAUAGGUCCUUAUCGCGUUACAUCUACGGUGAAUCUAGCGUCACUCGCUGCAUUCAGGAGCGCGCGCCCUGGCCUCUACGAACUCUGCUACUGCAACACCAAUUCGCCGGCUGUCAGUGUGGUGACAACUGGCGCCACUCCGGACACACAGUGCAUGCACCAGAGCAGUUUCAACCAGCUGAUUGCAUCACUGGGUCUCACAAAAUACAACGAAAAUGUUGGGUUCUCACAGGCCGUGCAGCUUCCCACAGCGAGCGCGACGGUGUCGACAAAAUCUGUGUUAGCGCUUCUGGGUCGAGACUCUUGGGGAGGCGUCCCGACCGUUUACUGCGGCUGGCAGAGCACAGGCAGGUCCUGUCCUUUCGACGUCCGUGUGACGAGCAACGGCAAUUGGAAGCUUCGGCCUUUUACAACAAAACUCACCUUCUACCCCGUCGAUAGCAGCGUGUUGGUUACCGAUCUGUGCACUUCAGAAGAGUCACCAGCUAUCGUCGUCUCAGUGACGAUUCAGUCGGGUGAUACUGGGAGUGCCAUACUCGAUGCUGAAGACGCCACUUCGCUGUUCUACUCUGUCUGCGAAGGCAAGAAAUUCCUGGGCUACGUUGUCCUCAAAGAGAUCGGGAAUGCCGUCGAAGCCAAGAUCUCACUUGAAAAUGUUGUACUGUCGGAUCAGACCAACGUGAAUGCAGAUGAUGUAACGUUAAUCCUCCGAGGUGAAUUUACCGACGCGCUUCUGCUCAGAAGCAAGGUGGUUGCAGUUUCUGUCGAGAGUGCUACAGACUCUGAUUGUAGCACACUGACGCUUGCAAGUCUGCCGGAGUCGUCGGUCACCAUCGUCCCGUUCCCCACACUAUCCUCGGGUACGGGCGACCUUGUUGAGCUCCAUUUCAAGGCAGGACCGUCCGCAAAAAAGCUUUGUUGGAUGGAAACGAUUGCUAUGGGAGCAGACCGAGAUUCGCGCACCUUCUCGACAUACCUCGUAACCUUCCCAAGGGCGUCAACUGUUCGGGAGCUGAGCCUUGAAGACUCACGAUGCUUCGGUCCCAGUGACCACCCUUGCAGAUUCCGUGUGACACCGGAACCUGUGCCGUCGGAGGAGAACCCAAUCAAUGCGUCGCCUUACCUCCCCUCGACCUUCCGUGUCUACGUCAUGAAGGACGGGUGCCCGUCAAGUGCUGAAGACAGCGUCUUGGACGAGAUUGACAACUCCAGUGGGGCGGACCCAGUGGCAGCCAAUGCGAAGGGUAUUCUGCUGGAGCUCGAGUGGGAAUCCGAGAGUGCCAUGCAAGCAGUCCUACAGCCGCAGUACUUCCCCUGGCUACAGGCGAUCGGUUCUGCCAACCUGUGUUGGGUGUACACUCGUGGGAAUGCUGAGACGGAGUGCCCCAUUGGCAGCACUUCCUGCGGAGAUACGUUCGGGAAGAUGUACGCGGUCGGCCCCACAUCAGAUGUACAAGCAAACGUGGUAGUCUGUCUACCAGGAGCCCCAGAGCCCUGUCUUACUACAGUAGAAGGUGUCAAUCUCAAUCUGUACGAGAGGAUAACGGACCGUAUGGCAGCACUGGACACGUGUGGCUCCGACACCGGCAUAGGACUUCUGACGCCGUGGGGACACUACGCUGGCCUUAUCGGCUCGUCUCUGUCUGCCCUCGAGGACGGGGUGCUGAGGUCUCGAUCCGGGCCUUCACAUCCUUCUUCCGUUUCCCAACCCUCACCGUCGUUUGCUCUCCUAGGCCAGGGACUGUCACAGACAAAGGCCUCGUUUCACGGUUCCGACGGGAGGAGACGUGGAUCAAAAAGUUUGAUGUGGAGCUUUGCCACCGAUAGUGACUUGACGGAUCCGUCUUCAGGAAACACGCCAUCGAAUGCGACGAGUCUUGUUUUCCAAAUUCCAUUUGCGUCUGAGGGAGGCAGCCUCGAGCUCUGUUUCCGGACCGGGGAAAGCGACUCCGAUGAUCUGACACGAUUCACCGAGCCCGUGGGCCACGUCGUAUACGGUUGGCGCCUUCACGGGGCUACGUUGGCUGUUGAGGCGACAACCAAUCCGAACGCGGUGUUUUACCGCGUCACUGUGGUCUCGGGAAUUGACGCUGCAGGCGCCCGUUCUUCUACGGUUGUCUAUCUCAAACCAGUGAAAGGGUAUCCGGAAGGAACGACGGUGCCAUGCGACUACGACUUGGACACCAGUGGAGAUGUCGCACACCAGGUUCAGGGGCCUGUCGUGUCCUCCGAUGUGGAUGAUGUGACUUGGGAUGACGACCUAGGCGGGACGUCGUCGCCCGGCAGCUCAGCCUCCUUCAAGAUUCCCCUUCUCCAUUAUCAGGGCAUGGCAGUAUGCUGGUCGCAGCUGGUGGAGGCGAGUCCCGCGCAGGGCUCGCACUCGCAGUCACCGUUUUCUGUGCGCAGCGCCACUCUCGUGGGCUACUUCGCGGGCCCUUCGCUUCCAGUCUUGGCCGAGAAUUCGGACGUUGCCGUCGCUUGCGCUCUGGCGAAGACCACGUGCGAGAUUGCAGUCGGUCCCGGCAGAGCGGCAGUCGAUUACACGGGAGGCCUCGCAAUAACACCCGCGUUUUUGGAUGUGAGGGUGACAGUUGUUCUGGACGCAGAGCUUUUGGCGGCGCCCUGUCCCGAUCCGUCCGACCCGGGCUACGAGAAUGCGAUACGAGCAACAUCUCAGACCCGCCUUGUGCUACCAAGUGACGUGCUGACGCCAGAGCGUCAGACAUUCUUGGUUGAUUCGAACGCACGAGAACUCCUCAAGACCAACGGCAAGGCGGGCAUUUGCUACCGUGUGGACAACUGCGCAACCGAGAGUGACGCCCCGACUUCUGAUUGCACGAAGUUUCUGGGCUUGGCGCUCUGGGUAGGACCGACUGCUGAGACGCCCGACAAGGUAACGAUCUGCAAGGCCCAACAACGAGACUGCCUGUUGAGAAUCGACGGUUCAAACAUGGAUGUAGUGGACUACUCAGCUCCACGGGCGGCGUACGCAGCCACGUGUGGAGAACCCGGUCAGUACGUUACUGCGACGCUGGUACAGACCUCCAGCACUCCGUCGCAGGAGACCUUGGACUCGGACCUGGUCUCCAAUGAGCAUGCUUCUUGGGCGGCCUUCGCGUUUGCAAUCCAACCCGCGUCGCUGUGGCGGCUCUGUUGGAAUCCGUUCGAUGCGGCCACUAUGCAGGACGAGCCGGCUGAGGACCGGUUUGUCGUGAAUCGCGGAUUCCUCGUUUUUCCGGCCACGCCAGAGGUUGAGAGUGAGCGCGUAGAACUGGACAGCUCGUCCCAGACAAUGCUCCGGCUCGUGAUUAGCGCGAUGGUCACGGAAGCCGCUCUAGAGAAGGUCUCCCGUCCUGACACUCCAGUGACAGAGCAUUACGUCUAUGUCAGCCCUCUGCUAUCGCAUGCAAUUGGGGUGGCUGAGGAUGUAGUGUGUGCAGAUGCUGACGAGGAGACGAAGGUUCAAUGGACCUCUGUAGACGCAAAGACGCCGACGGCUUUUGGGAACGAAGACUCGAAUGACGCGGCAACAGCCUCGCGGAUUCAUUAUUCGAUCACUGCAAUUUCCGUGGAACAGCAGGUGUGCUGGAGAUCGGUCUAUCGAGCAGAAGACGGAACAGUCGUGCACGAGGAGCGGAUUUACCUGUCGAAGGUUCCUGCGGUUCUGACCCCCGAGCUGGAUACGAGUGUUGCUAACCAGGUUUCCCCGCUGUUGACGUUUUGCUCGCUGGGAACUGAAGAGAUGUGUUUGGUAACUCUAAAGCCAAGGGCUUCGUCAGACUCUACCCCUGCGACGUUCCCCCCGGGGGGCGAGUUGUAUGUGGUACACGAAGGUGAUUGCCCAUCGGAAAGGGCCGAUCCGAAACUAGUCAACGCAGCAGGCGACGGUGUGCCUACCACAGACACGACAGUUGUUCGUCUACACGUGGUGACAUUCGACACCACAAGGGUGGCAUUGGGCUUUCCCGAAGACGAUCGAACAUGGAUGAGUGCGCGAAAAGCAGCCGCGCUCUGUUUUGUUUUCGGUGAGAACCAGUGCCCGGCAUCGGGCGCGUGCGUUGAGAGGAUAGGCAUGAUAUACUGGCGGGGGCCGCGAGUUUUUGAGGACACACAGCUCCGUGUGUUGUGCAACGACCCACAAGGAUGCGAUAUUUCUGUGACGGGUCUUAAUCUGAACACGUACGACUUGUCAUAUAGCAGAGUUGCAGCGCUCGAUUCAUGCGGUGAGCCGGGAGGCCUCGGCCGUCUUGAUAUUGUCAGAUACCCGGCUGGAUACACACAGGACAGCCCUGUGGAGCCCUUGGACGACUACUUUACUUCCGAUGACAGUUUCGGACAGGGGAGCUUUGCCAUCAACAACAUGGGUCGUGGUGUGUUGACAUGCGGGGCCUCUGAAGCGGUUUCGGUGACGACAGCGUCUUGGGGACCAGCCGAUUUACAAAAUUCGAAGGUGGCCUGCGACCCUGUCGACGUGUUGGAGCACGUAGCUGCGCACUGUGAGGGGAAGGCGAUUUGUGUCGUGUACCCUCACACGCCCAGAGAUGACGAGACUGUCCGUUCUUACAUCGGACUCAAACAGGAGGAGUUUCUUCGUCUUAGUGACCCUUGCCCUGGGACUGCAAAUGAAGAUCUACGGUUGGUUGGAACGCACACAUGCGUUGCUGGAACGCGUAGCGUCACACCGGAGGUAGCAAUGGUGGAGACGACGUCAAGAGUCGCUGCAGGAGGAGCUAACUACUCUAACCCAUCUACGGACGCGAUGGACAUGGUCGUGAAGUUGCCUCCGGACAUAGCGAAGGUGUACGAGUUAUGUUGGAAUCCUGAUCCAGUCAUUACCCUGCAGCCGGCACGGUACAACGUGAAGGUUGGAGUUGCUCAGAUCGUCCCCGUCGCGGGACUGGUGGACCUAAUUUCCACGGUGUUUGAGCGGAUCGACGACGCGAAUGUCGAGGUGGUAUUGAGGGGUAUUCUGGCCGAGGAGGUCGCGGUAAACACGUCUAUUUAUUUGAAACAGAUUCCUGAUGAGGGAGCGAUCAGCUGCUCGAAUGAUGAUCAGGAAAACGCCAUCGGGAAAGCCACAUUCAUGAGCUACGAAUCGGGAGAUGCGGGGACGACCGUCAUCCGAUACCGCAUUGCGGCGGUCGAUUCCGAGAAGGCGGUUUGCUGGAGGUGGACGAGUCAAGACUUUGCGGCGGGUGGCGGAGGCGUACAGAGCAUCCUGAUCGGAACGUUGCCCGGAACGGUAAACCCGGUGUCUCGGGCGUGGGGCGAGAUGAUGUGUAGUUUGCCCGGAGGAACGGACUGUUCUAUUGAAUUCGAACCCGAUAGGCUGCUAGGAACGUAUCCAACCGAGGAGGAGCCCGGCUCAGGUGCUGUCACUGGCUUCACGGACUAUGCACAGUUCGCCAACCUGCAUUCCCAUCUGCGAAAAGGUACAAAGAUCGGGCUUAUUGCGGGACGUGAGUCUUGCCCAGAGGACCCCCAGGACCUCGCGUAUCAACGGUUCACCCAGACGGGGAUUGCGGAGGGGGAUAUUUCGGAUAGUGAAGUCCAGGAAACGACCAUUGGACUUCCCAUCUCGGGUGGAAAGCCGUCGUCGCUGGUUUCCACGAUGUCAGUUGGUCUGCUGCAUUGGCUCGCUGUCCAUAAAGACGCGAUUGUUUGCUGGGUGAACGCAGAUGAAUGCAAAACGACGAAGACCCCCCGUUUCGCAACCUGUACUGCGACAGUUGGAACGCUAAGCUGGAAAGGGCCGAUUCCAACUGAGUGGUCGGUAACUGCAGUUGAUCUUGUGUGCAGAACGGGCGGCAGAUGCCGCCUCAAGAUUCCCGGGCGGAACAUGUUCAAACUGGACCUUUCCGAGUCACCUGUGGCAAUUGUCAGAACUUGUGGGGGGGACGAGGGGCCUGGUAUAGCGAAACUCCAACAGACUCCGGUGCUGUAUCCAAGCCAGCAGGCCGACGACGGUGUGCAGAGUGGUUCACUGCUUCAGACAACGAUGUCGCUUUCCAGCAACCAACGUCGAGCAGUUAGACAGCUGAGACGUUCUUGCAAGAUGGGAAGCGAGGAUCAUGCGGACAGAUGUGACACGAGAUUAGCAACGGGGAAUACAGCAAUGGGUUUUGCCGCCGGCAGUCGGCGACACCCAAGCUUCAUGGAAGUUCUGCUUGGGAGUCGGAAAGCCCCGUCGAGUUCCGUAGAUGAUUCGAUCGAGGUGGUCACGACCAUCAAAACUGGAGGCGAGUAUGCAAUUUGUUGGAAUCCCUCCGCCCUCAGCACAAACUUGUCGGACUUCACGGUAAACAUUGGCCGCGUGUUCAGUUAUGGCUUGGAACAAAUUGAUGCCUUGUGCUACAGCGGUAGCUACUGCGAACUAAACUUCACGUACAUUGGAAGUUCGAAUCCGACGUUGUUUGUCGGUGUCAAGGCCGUCGACUGCUCCGAUCCAGACCUCACCACAGAGUUGGGGAGCGGCGGGGUUUUCAAAACCACUGGACGGAACACGAUCAGUCUGAGCGAACCCAUUCCGAGGCGACCUCAGUCGAGUCGUGUCUCAUACAAGCUGUGCUGGUGCGAUAUGAAUGAGGUGCAAGAGUGCGUGGGCACUUCCUACUCGGCUCCCGUUGGAACGCUGACUGUGCAAUUCAUCGAAGAGAAGGCUGUGGCGUGCCAGGAGGCCGUCGGAGCGUGCAGUAUCUCGUUUGACGCCUCAGAUUUCCAAGGCGAUUCUUCGGGAACCAUCUUUCUGACCCAGUAUUCCGGUACGAAUGCCGACUGCAUGCAGCCCAAGAAAUAUGUUCCACAUGUGUCUGCGAUAUUCGGAAACAUCGUUGUUCAAGUCGAUCAAGCUACGCUCGCUGCUACACUCGGGCAACACGCGGCAGAGCAGGGAUCGUUCGCUAUUUGUCGUCAGAUGACGGCGGCAAUCGAUGAAUACACUGGCUCGUCCAAUGCUGUUCCUGAGGCCGAUGAAAACCAAGUCGAAUCCGCCGAACCUGAACAAAAUGCCGAGGGAGAAACCCCCGAACAAGGUGCGGAAGAAGCGGGCGGAAACGCUGCGGAACCUGGUGCCGAGUCAGGUACCCAGGAAGGUGCGGUGACACCUGGUGUCGAACCUGAUGGCGGAGAGCCCGUAGCUCCUGAGGUUGACUCUGGUGGCGGAGAGUCUGUAGCCCCUGGGGUUGACUCUGGUGGCGGAGAUUCCGUAGCCCCUGGGGUUGACUCUGGUAGCGGAGUCGCUGGGACUGCUAGUGAGGGAGUGGAUGAACAGUCAGACUUGACUACAUCACAGCCGGAAGACCUUGAGGCAAAAUCCCAGACGGCACUCGGAAUGGUCCAGCUGGACGAUACAGGCUCCGACACUUCACUGCAGGUCACGUCGAGUCCUGCCCUUCUGGGCGUCUUGCAGUUUGCAGGGCCUGCCUCAACAGAAUAUCAGGACGAGACUCAGGUCGCCGUGCUGGGGAUGGCCACCCGUAUUGCGGUGGUUACCCAAGGUUUCGAUCGGUUCAUUGACACGGAUAUCACGGCCGACAGUUCAGACAUUCCCACCGGCGUGGCACACGUGCGACUCGUUCCGGCAGGUGGCUGCGGUCAUGAUAACGGUUCCAACUCUGUUGUGCUAAGUCUGUCGCAGGUCAUUCAAAAAGAAAGCGACCUCCCGGAGAAGGCCAUUUACAGUCAAGAGGAGAUUCUUCAGAUCAACACUGGCGCAAUCCGGAAACUCGAUGUGUGUUGGUGUGACCUUGGGACAGCCUGCAAAAAAGACACAGACUUCACGAUCCGAGUGCUCUCUGUCGGGCUCGUGGCGCCUGAACAAGACCUUGCUGUGAAAUGUCCAUGUGGAUCCAAGUGUCCUUUCGAGUUCCAAGGAGUUUCUGAAGCCCCGCAACAUGGCGUGGAGCCCGACUACUUUGUCAAGAACGACGGGUGCUCAGGGGCACCUGCGGAGCUUCCAGACCAAGGCCAUCUCGUCACCGUUGUUUCAUCUGCCAUUGCAGCAGAGCACUCGGAUGACGCUGUGGCCGACGUGGACCGUUCACCAGCCGGUGAACUGGAGACAUUGAAUAAGCAGAUACAAGCAUUUAGAGCAGAAGUGGAUCGCACGUCCGUAUUUGCCAGUGGGACGACAGAAGGGUCGCGAGAAUACGCCAUUUGCUACUGUGCAUUCAGAACGGGAGGAUGCGCGAAUGAUGCACUCAUAAGAAUCGGGACGUUGACGGUCUACGACGUAUGGAGGGACAAGAUGUCUGCUGUAGUGGCAGACGAUGUCACCAUUCGCCCUCCGAGCCCACCAUUCUCUGGGAUACAGGGCACCUUGUAUGCGCAAGCGGGGGCUGUGACGCUGCCUGUUUCCACUUUACCAGACAAGGCUUACCAGAUAGAUUUGUCUACGUUAGAGGGUCGACGGACGCCUGCAUCGGUUGUGGAUGUCCGCUACUGUGAAUCUGAGGUUACUCAGAGUUGCGAUGACGAAGGUGCGCCUCGCAUUGACUUGACACAAAUUGAGCUGAAAGGGCCUGUUUCGCUUUCGUUCGAAGACGAGUGCAGGCUGGGUUUUAGAUGCACCAUUGUUACAGAGGUGUUUAAUCCUACAGAAGAAGAGAAGCUGGCGGCCCUUGCUUCGUGCGGGAGUUCCUCGGAACACGACUACGGCCUCAGCAGCGGAGUCAGAACAGCAGAGGACAAUCCGGCGAAGGCGGUGGAGGUGACAUUUGAAUGGGAGAAGACUCUGCCGGAUGUCGGACGUUCAGAGCUGGACUUCUGCUGGUGUAAGAAAACCAACCAGGUUGACUGUUCGUCAGUCGACCAAUAUACCCUCAAAGUUGGAACUCUUUAUAUCACCGGACUAGCAGCCGGCCAGGAAGCGACAUGCCAUGUGGGGUCGGUCUGUGUUGCACAUCUUAAGGGUUACAGGCUUGUUGAGGAGGUUGUUAAUGUGCGCGUGGUGGCAGGGGAAUGCGGAACAGCUGGGAGUGAAAUAAGCGGGUUGCCGAAUGGCGGUAUCUUCGUGCCGGAGCAGGUUGCCGAGAGCAGUGCAGAGGUCAGCCUCAUAGAACCGUUUUUCGGCUUGGCGGUAGAGACCGCUGCCAUCUGUCAGUGCCCAAUGCCGACCCAGGCGUGUGAAUCCGAAGCUGACUAUGCAUGGGAAGCUGGGAGGUAUAUUUUCUCAGGACCUUCGGAGCGGGUUGUUAUCAACGCAUUAUCGGGGCAGGGUGUCGAGGUUGAAAUACCGUGGCGAGGGGAGCAGGAUACCGCGUCUGACUUUUUCAUACUCACACGUGACACGAUGUGUAGUGGCACGACCAGUGGGCUUAUUGAUGGCGUGGUGGAUAACGGUUUAGGGCACCUUGAAGAUGGCGAGGUCGCCUGGGAGGAGUUCGCCUACCACGGCGGGAUCUAUUCGGUGUGCUAUUGCCGACGCUCUACUCCACUGGCUACCGGAAGUGCAAAUCCGUUCAGUGGAGGAAGCGCAUCGGCUUCACAGCAUUUGUGUGGAACAGUCGCGGAGUACCGGGUGUCCGUGGCACUCGUGCUCCUUUCAGGUCCUGUAACAUCCAACGCGAUUUUCUCUUGUUUCGGAGGACUCGCGUGCCACGUUGAUAUUUCGGUUGCUGGCGGUGAUUCACUCGAGAGCCAAGAGUUUCUUGACAGCGCAGCGCUUCAGGUUUCUACGGAAUCCUGUGGCGCUGACGUUAUCAUGGAGGCCAUGCUUUCUGACUCGGAAGAAUCGAGCGACACGCUCGACGACUCAAGUUCCGACGCGCAGAUGAAAACGUUCAAUCAGAGAUUCGGUUUUCCCAAUGUGGUAACUGUCUCUGCUGGCUACUAUGUAGCUUGCUGGAAGCCUGCGACGUCGUCACCAGCCCUGCUCCUGGGCGACUUUGUCGUUAAGGGACCAGUCGCCGACAAAACGCCCUUAGAAUCUUCGAGUGGCGAGGACAUAGACGUGGCCGUCACCUAUGUUGGACUUGAGAGUUCUGACGAAGCGAAAGCGAUGCGCAUUCAAAUUGCCCCCAUUCCCGAAGGGAGGGAAAAUGACGCCUUUGACUGUGCCAGCCUCAAUCUGAGCGAGGCCCAGCCGUAUUUGCGGUACACGAACCUUAAUCGGGCCCCGGAUACUGUCGAGAGCGUUUCUGUACAGUUUUCGCGAAUUGUCUGGAAAGCGGUGAGCAUCCUCAUCGAUAACCAGUCGCCGAACGUGCUUCCGGGCAGCUAUUUCGCCAUCUGCUUCUGCAAUGGGAACCGUGGGGAUUGCAGCGUGAGCGAAAACUACUUUUUCCAAACAAACAAGUGGGCCGUCGGAGGGCUUUCUCAGAGAACGUUGGAUGAACCGUUACCAGUGGGAAGGACGAUCACGUUGACUUUACCAGGGAAACGUCUCCCUCUGCACAAUCACCUGAUGCUGCUUCCCUCACUCGAUCGAUCGACUUUCGCCGAACGUCACUGCGGUGACGCUGGAGGGGCAGGCGAUGGCCGCAUUAUCUCGGCAACGCGACUCGCGCAUGUCACGGACUGGGUCGCGUUCAAAGAAGUGACAAUAACAUCGGCUUCGAGGACCACUCUUAUGUGCUGGUGCGGCGGAGACAACUGCCAGACAGGGGACAAGUUCAGAACCUUUGUCGGUUCCCUUUCUGUUGAGUUCCCCAAAUUUGAGGCGACCUCGGCAGUCAUUGGAGGCACGUUCACAGUGACGUUGCGUGGCUCCGUGCUCCGCGCGCAAGACGCGAUCACAGUCGUGGAUCAAAGCAAACAAUGUGGCGAAGAGGGUACGGACGAAAUGGAUGCUUCUGCUGUAGAAGUCCCCGUAGGUUUAGAAGUCACCGACCUGAUACAGCUUCGCCAAGCUCGCGUGGUUCAGGCCGAUUCCACUGCGGAUAGCACCUCUCUCAGUGUGGCUGACACGAGUACGCCGCUCGUUUGGCAAUCCUGGCCCAUCAAGACAAAGCCGUCCGUAUCGGGGAGACUCCGUGUUUGCUACUGUUCGAGCGAAGGAGGAGUCUGCACAGGCGCCAGCCGCUUCAGUGUCUGGGUGGGCAAUGUGCAGGUCAAGGGUCCGUCCACGGGAGAGGUGGAGAUUGUUACGGUCGACGGAGAAGCGAAGGUUGAGACAUCCGGAGUGUCCUUGGCUCUCACGGACAAGCUGAGAAUAUUUGCGAAGUCACUGGCGGCUUCAGAUACAGUCAGAGACAGGCGCGAGCUCUGCGAAUCGGGGAUAACUGCCGAGUCUACGACAGUCGUGGCAGACUACGUGAGUCCUGACGGAAGGACCGAAACAUUCCCUGUAGAUCUGGAGCCAGGGUUUCGUUACGUUCUCUGCUGGUCAGGUGGGACGGGUGCAUCCACCCAGUCUGCUAGGGCAAAACCAGCCGUCACCAGAGCGGCUCCAACCGUCAACUUGCCCUCGUUAUAUAGGGCAAACAGCGGUUCAAAUGCCUCCACAGUACAACUCGCUGAGGAAGCGACAGCGGCGUUGAACAUGUUGCAGCAGGCCGCCAGCACCGGGUCGGCAACGUCGGCUCUCGCCCCGCAUGCCGAAACGGAGACACCCACAGAAACGUGGAGUUACCUUGAUGCGAUCACGCCUACAGGCUUCAGCACUGGCCUCGAGUUUCGGCUCGUUCAGAACUUCGAGAGUGAGGUACUGUACAUACCGGGUUCCCCGAACGUGUCGCACAGCUACGUGGCUUACGUGGGUCAGAAGGACUUGCAAGCGGACUGCGAAGAGAUCAAGCAAAACCCGUUGAUCACGAUGGAAACGAUGAUUCACAUCCAGGACGACAGCGUGAGUUUCUCAGUUGGAAGGAUUUCUGAGGCAGGUCUAUACCCAGUUUGCGUGUGCGACUCCACUGCAAACGAGUGCUACGACGUCGGGACAGCACAUGUGGAUAAGACAUACUGGAAGACAGUGGCGGAACUCGUGUACGACAACAGAUUUUUUAUGCUCCCCUGCGUAACUCGGGGCAUCCAGGCAUCGGCUGCUGAUGGCCAGUCUUGGAGUGAAGAUCGCGUCUGGCUACCCGAUGGCAUGGGCGCGUGGUCGUUCGUCUUGACAACGACGGACUCAGACUCGAAGCCGGCGCCGGUUCUGAAACGUACCCCUGCUACAGGUUCGAAAGCGGCGACAUGGGUAAACUUUUAUGAGAAGGGCCUGAGGUCAACGGUUGCAUGCGCCACGGGCUCCGGACAGCGCAUCUUUUUUCUUGGUCCUGGAGUAGUGUACAUGAUGGAUCCUGUGCCGGGGCUGACGCCGGAUUUAUCGACUGCCACAGGCCAGAUGUUCACGCACUCCGUCUUGAAACCAGUUGACUUUUCUGUUCGAGAACCGUACAUCUUCUUUUCCGACUACGAGACGCAGGUGAUUACGUCGAUCAACAUUGAAAACCCAUCCCUGACCCACGCCUUCUUCCCUACUGAUCCUGUCAUGCUGUUUUCGGCGGGCGUAAAAGUUAUGGACACGGACGAAAACUUUAUGGCGCUCUGUGUGGCAGACACCUUCAACCACAUUGUGGGUCGUCUGAACAUCAGUUUCGACACGAUGAACAAGCCACAAAGCCAGGUGACAGGGACGCCGUGGACUGCCUACUUCGGAACACCGAAGACGGCACAGAACGGCAUCAACGGGUUUUCUUACCCUUUUGCGCUCACUAGUUACAGCCCUCAGUCAACCUCUGAAGCCGAGCUUAUGUCUUUGCUCCUUGUCACAGAGCUCGUGUCAGAUCGGCUCGUCUUUUUGGAUCUGUCGAACAAUGGGUUGACAUUUUACAAGCAGAUUAGUCUCAGUGAACGUCACCUGAUCUCAGGAUUGCAGAGUGUCGACAAGACCGUGAUGCUUAUUUCCAGGGCCUGGCCACCUACAUCAAAGUCCGGGGGUAUGGAUGCCUACGUCUCCCUGCUUAAUCUGGAAGACGUAGGUGGUGAUCUUUACUUCACGUACCCCGAUUUCCGCUCCAAGCUCCAGUCUGGUCUUUUCUACUCGUUUGAGCCCCUCAUAACAGGAUCCGUCAUUCAGUCGUUCAAAGAGGUUUCCGGCAGCGAUCUUGCUAAAAUGGGCCUGACGCUUAACUCGGCAACAGGAGUCAUCAGUGGGACUGUCUCCCACACAGGUCCGUUCACAAUCGCUGUUGCAGGGGGCGACCUGCUGGAGACAUUCACGUGGACAAUUAGUGGAGAAGCUGGAUGCCGCUCGGGUGAAUACUUCGACAGUACAAAUAAUGCAUGCGAGCUCUGUCCUGUGGGCACGUUCCGUGACCAGGAAGCGAAUCUUCAAAAGUGCCACGACAUCAAGCCGUACAGUACGACGCUGUCGCCGGGGUCAACUCAUCUUGCCCAAUGUCGCUGCUUCCCUGGAUUCGAAAUUGGAAACUUAGGUGACUGCCACCCGUGUGGCGCCGGCACGUACAAGUCGUCGAUCUCUGAUACCAAAUGCACGGGAAGAUGUCCCGGAAACAUGCACAGUUACAUUCAAGGGGCCGAGAACGAGGAGGACCUGCUCUGCAUGUGCGACGCUGGCUACUACGAGGACGGUGGUGGAUGCACGCCGUGUCAGCAGGGAUACUAUUGCCCCGGAGAGCACUCGCCACCUGAACCGUGCCCCGAAAACCAUACAACAAAAGGAGGGGCGAGCAAGAGCAUUAGCGACUGCGUUUGUGUCGCGGGCUACACCAAACAAGGAGACGCGUGUGUUGAGUGUGACAGACUGUCGUAUAAAGGCACCACCGGAAAUGACGCCUGCACGGGCUGUCCACAGCCAGCUGCCAAGGGUGACCGCGACGCGCUUAUUGCUUCGACAAAACUAGACGAGGCCCAGUUCACGACAAAGCCUGGAGCGAAAAAGGUUAGCGACUGCAUGCUGUGUGCGAGCGGCUUCUUCUACGAUGUGUCAAAUGGUGGCUGUACACCAUGCCGAAAGAACUACUAUUGCCCAGGAACGGACCAAGAGCCUCGUGCCUGCGUCGAGAAUGCCACCACUCUCCGGGGAGGUGCAGAGUCAACCUUCGACUGCAAAUGCCCCAAAGGUUAUGGCGGAUCCGUUGCACGCAAUCCUCUGGACAAGGCCAUUGUGUGUGUGGCGUGCCCGAAGAACACGUUCCAGCACUUGGAUGGUGUCAUGACAGACUGUCUUCCCUGCCCGCCUUUCACGAUGACGAAGUCGACAAAGUCAGCAUCUUUCAGUGCAUGCGUGGCACGACCUGGCUUCUACCUCUCGAGCCGCCUUUCGGACAUGUCGCGAAGCCUAGCCGAGUCACGAUCGGACGACGGCACAGUGGGGGACGACGUGGACUUGGACGACAAUGCGCUCUCUGGCACAACAAAUUCUGGGUGGACGACGUCGAGCUCCAAUUCAGAGAGAGUUCGAAAAGCAGAGGUGCAAUACGAAAACAUGAGCGAUGAGGAGUUGCUGGAUCUGCCGCGACUGUGCCAAAGGGGCACAGGCCUUAUCGACAUUUUGCUGCCCGAAGUCAAGAUGCAAAAAUAUACAAACUCAUUCGAACAGUGCAUCAUCGCUUGUGCACGAAAUGUAUACUGCACGUCACUGACGUUCACAAACGAGGGCAACGCUGUUCCGGCUAUGACCGCAAGCGUGACGAAUCACACGGGCACCUUCAUAAUAGGCUACUGGAUCUGCGAGCUCCAUAUGUACGGGCCGCCGGUGGACCAGGAAACGGUCGCCAGCAUCACGGAUCCCAUCACCGAGACCGUGGUCCCUGCAUCCUGGACGGUGUCAUGUGCUAUGCAACGACCGGAGAGCGACACAGUCUGGCGCUCGGUUACGUACGAAGAAUGCCCUGUAAAUGCGUAUUGCCCAGGUGACGAAGAAGCGCAAAUCUACCAGUGCCCGGCGUCAUCUGUAACUCUAGCAAACCGAGCGUCGGCGGCCGAACAUUGCAAGUGUAUUCCUGGCUAUCAUCUGUCAGGGCGGCAGUGUGAACCGUGUAGGGUGGGGACGUAUAAGAACACCACGGACAACACGAAUUGUGCGGAGUGUCCAACAGGGUUCACAACAGAGAACCUGGCGAGCAUUAGCGCCUAUGACUGCGCGUGUAUUCCCGGUCUGUAUAUGAUAGCAAACGCUGACGCGGACGCAGAGGGCGAGGCAGAUCAUACGCCUGCAGACGGCAGCUCGAAUUCGAGUGAAGACUCAAUAGUUACGCACCCUAAGCCAGAUGCCGAUAGCAGUGACAGUCAGGCCCCAGCGGAACAGACCGAAGGCCAUGCGGGGAAUACGAACCAGCAGGUGGACGCAGCUGAUGGCGAGACUCCAGAUACAACCCAUGAGGAGGCUUCAGAAACAGAAUCCGUUUCGGCUGUCGAGCUGCGUGGUGGAUUGCUGGUACGGGGUGACGGCGGCGUCCUGCAGAGGGCAUUUAAAGCUUCCCAGAACUCUGCUUCGAAACGAAGCUCGCGUGCAUUAGGCGAUGCCAUAGGUGAAGAGCAGGGCCUCUCAUUCUAUCAGACCACGGCAGCUCCUUGGCUGCAGCCGGACAUUCGCCAGGAGCUCGAGAAAAUCGUGACUCUGCAUCCGUGUGUCAGCUGCUAUAAGCACAUGUACUGCCCAGGUCUGUGGAUGGAUCCGCCUGUGAAUCAAAUCCACAUGCCGCCUCAACAUUGCCCGGAGGGGUCAACUGUGCCUUUGUCCACAGCGCUGUCGGACAGUGUGGAAAAGUGUCUGUGUAUGGCCGGGUACGCCGUUGUGGAGGGGUCGACCGGCGGUACACAUGAGGACAACGCCUAUUUCGGUUGCGAGAAGUGUGCAGCUGGGACAUACAAAGAACUUCAAGAAAACGCCCCAUGUGCGGGAAGGUGCAUGCGUGAUGCGGAGACCAUUGAAGGAGCUGUAGCAAAGAUCCAGUGUUUCUGCAAAAUCGGAAAAUACGCGGUCGUCGCGGAGGAUGCUGAGGGGAUUAUUACUUGCCAGGAUUGCAUUGCCGGUGGUGUCUGCCCUGGCGGCUUGAAGACGCGUGCGCGGCAGGCAGUUGAGCAGGACCAUAGCUUUGUGAAAAUCACAAUUGAUGAUCACCAAGUCCCUUUCCCCAGCAGUGGCUUCUACGCCGUGUAUAAACCACUCAAUGAGACUGUGUGGAGCCCGGCUAUGGUGCCUAUGGUCGCGAGUUUUACGGGUGACACGUUCAAGGAAUUCACGGACACCGGACCGGCACCAGAUGACCACACUGAUGAAGGUGGGGCGAAUCUGGACUCUACAGGCGGCUCUGGUGAGCCCAGUUCUAGCGCCCCAGUCGACCCUUCCGGCGAAAACGAGGGGCAGCUUUUAACGGGCACAACAGGAGCAGUAAGCGCGUUACAGAUGCGAUCGCGGGCGAACGACACAUCUGUUCAUCAAUAUGAUCGAAUUCCAGACAUCCACCCGUGUGUGGAUGAUGUACGCUGCCGAGGUGGUUCGCAUAACUCGUGCGUCCACGGUUCAGCGGGAUACCUGUGCAGUGCUUGUGAGGAGGAUUACUCCGAAAUUCGGUACAAGAGUGGCUGCCAAGCAUGUCUCCCACUUUGGCUCGACAGCUUCAUUUUCAUUCUUAUGCGCCUGGUGGUCUGCGGCAUCAUUUGGAUUAUUACCGCGCUCACAAUCAUUGCCGUCCAGCAGCAGGCGUGCAUUCACCCGGUCCUUAUUCGCAUUGUGAUGUCUCAUAUGUUUUUCUUGAGUGUCUAUGGCCUCAUGCCUGCGACAAGCCAGUCGCAGCUCGCCGGCUGGGCAUCUAUAUAUCGACUGUUUUUCUUUGAGUUUUACUUCGCACUGCACCCGUACUUCAAGAUGCCAUGCUUCUUCCGUAGUCUGGGAAUUGUCAUGCCCGAAGCCCAUGUCUGGUAUUGGCAGCACUUCUUCCAAAUCUUCGUACCCUUCAUCGACGCCGUCCUUCUCACCAUUAUAGGUGCGAUCUGCGUAGCGACGUACAAGGUGAUGUACUCCGCGUACAUCUCCAGGGUUUUAGUGGUGCUUGAGGAGGCGAGGCAGGCUCAUGGCGAUGAUAUGUGGACAGAAAAGACGAUUCGCAAGAUCGAAUCAGAGCGUUGCUUGGGCAUGUUCCGGUAUAUCUACGGAACAAGCACACCAUGGGAAAAUUUCGUGAGACUUUGUACUGACCUUAUUCCCGCGUACACGGCGAUCUGGUUCUGGCAUUUUCCAACCUUUGUCAUCGAGUGUACCAUGCUUAUGGGGUGCAUCGAGACACGGUACAAGUCGGAGGAUCCGAUCAGUGUCCUUGCCGCCUUCCCAGUUCAGAUCUGCAGCUUUGAGAAUCCUUAUUUCUUGUCGGGACUCAUCUUGGGAGGCGUUGGGCUACUGGUGUGGGGCGUCGGAAGCAUCGCUGGGUUCGUCGCCUACAUGUCCGGAGACCACAGUUCGGAUACCAUUGAGCAGAGGUUCAAGCAUGGCUUCUUGGUGAAUGGUUACCAGUACGCGUACCGCUGGUGGGAAGGUGUCAUCGGGCUGCGAAAAACGUGCGUCGCUCUUAUUAUCACAAUGUACGUUCACGCCAACGCUUCCGGGGCUCAGGAGAUUUUUCGGAACUCGGCAAACCUCGCGCUCACCGUGCUUUCCACGGCGCUGCAACUGCAGCUGGAGCCGUUUGACAAGCGAAGCCACGACAUGGCGAAUCGAAUGGAAUUCUAUGGACUGAUGGUGAACAUCAUCAUCGGUGUCAUUUUUCAAGGCAGCUAUUACUUUGAAGUCUUCAAGUAUAUGGGAGCUAUCCCCCUGGCCGUUGCGAUAUUCUACUAUCUGUAUGUCUUGUGGAGCCUGUUCGUUGAGUGGGGAAGAAUGGUAAUGAUGCGGCCGCACCUCGUUUCGAUCCCGUCUUUAUGGCGGUACUACAACCGCGUCACGCGAUCACUGGCGCGACUGUACACUUCGCGAAAUGCGAAGAUCUACUAUAACUACAUCACGAAGGAUAUGGUGCUGGAGGCGGCCACCAAGUCACGGGUUUUCCACCUGCGCCGGCUUCUCUUGAGAAGGAAAAAGACGUCGUACCGGAAGAUCAACUACGAGAAUCGAACGUAUUUCGUGGCUGCGCUGAGCGACUCCCUGUCGCAGCUGGUCAUUGCCUGGUGCCAGUUCACAAUUCCCGGAGACUGGCUGGACUUCACGAUCCGCUACGCCUUCUGCUACUGCUUCUGGCAGCGGUACCAAGACAACAGGAGCUUGCGAGUCCCCCUGGAUCUGGAAGAAUUCGAGGCGGUCAAGCCAACGCUGUUCUCAGACUGGUACUACGACAGCGAGAAGAACGAUCCCCAGGGCGAAGGUGACAUCGACUUCGGGACGGAGAUUCUGGAGGGCGGCGAAAUCACGUUCAACACAGCUGAACAGGACUUCCUCGACCUCAUGCUCGACGACGACGUUUACGAUGAUAGUCCUAUCACGCUUAUGGAGCUGUACGUGGCUGUUCAGUCUAUGCAGCACGUGCCGCAAAGACAGCUGAGGCGUCUGCAUUUGGCAUACCGCGAACGUAUGACACAGGCCGGGGACUCGACAGCGCCUCAGUUGCGAAAAGAGAACCACGCGCUUGAGGGCGAGCUGGAGGAACUGAACCGCGCGCUUCUGGAGAUGGCGGGGGCGGACGAGAAUAUGCCGGACCUCACUUUUUCUCCCCUCGACUUCUUCUUUACCGUUGAAAUGGUGAAUCAGGCUCAACUGGAAGUCGAGCGCCUGCGGGGUUUGAUUGAGUCGGAGAUAGACGACAUUGCGAGAGCCCGCGCGGCCCAAGCUGUGGCAGUGCAUCUGGAGCUGAGCAUGAACGAAGCCGCAGACGUAGACAGGCUCUUGGAGGCGAUGGAAACCGACGAGAGGACGACCAAGGAAGAGGAGAUGACCCGCAUUGGAUACGUCGAGGAAUCGACGAGCCGAAUGGAAAAGAAGGCUGGGCUCGCCGGGAGACGUGCGCGGCUUGCCUUUGCCGACAAACGGCCGCCGGUGAAUCUCGAUGACAAACGACGCAUCAAAUUGGGUCUCGCAGCAGGUGUGGGAGGAGCUCAACGUAGGAGAAUCGGUCUCGUCACCCGCGGUGCCGAGGGCCCUCCUGGUGCGAAGAGAAGAAUCGGCAGGCAUGAAGUGGAAUUCCAUCGAACGGUUCAGGGCCUUGCUGCCGGCGCUGCUCCCGCAGCCGGGUUGCGAUCACACAUGGGGACGAGUUCUUCUCUUGGAGACCAGCUGGGAGACGACAGAAGGACGGUUCGGCUUGGGACGAAUUUGUCCACGCCCAGUGCCGUCGGCAACAAGAGGACCCUGCGUCGUGACACGUCUGGAGCUUCCGCCGAGUUGAUUGUGGACACAGCGCCGAAGGCGCCAGCUGCUACGCGUACACUUUCACCUCUGCUGGACAGGGAACCGCCGGUGGUCGAAUCAGAGGGAAGUGUGGGUGAGAGGCGAGAGUCUCCGACGCCUUCGCGAAGCCCUUCAGGAACCACACGAACCGUUGGAUCCGUGGUCAGAUCUGUGACGCCUGAACCUUCAGACAGUGUCGGACGUGAAGAAUCUGGAUCGGAAGCCCCGCUGAUAUCGCCAUCGGCCUCGUCCUUGGCGUCGCCACGCUCCUUGUCACCACUCACCGAAAGGCGCGGAAGCCAAAGUUCCGAUCUCGGAGGGCGGCGGCGUCUCGGGCCACUCACAGGGCCGCGCCCACCCCCUCCCGUCGGUGAAGCUGCCCCUGCAGAGGCUCCCUCGCCCUCGCCUCGCUCAAGCUCACCUCUCGCGGCACAACCAAAAGGGCAAGGCUUGCCUUUGGGGAAGAGACAAUUGAAGAAGCCCGGGUCUCCGAAACAGGAGUAGCUUAGAGAAAGUGGGAACGAUUCAUCGUCUUGUCAACGCAUGUGAAGGCCGAUCAGGAAGGGGGCCGAGAAUAAAAAAGACCCCGGCGAAAUGUCUGCGUGACUUCUUUGCGGCGCAAACAACCAGCAGUAUCUGUUCGAUCAUACUAUCGCUAACGUGAGCAGGACAUGUGCCACUAUUUAACUGGUCUCGCGUCUUCGGUAUAUGGAGAACGGACCCUCUGGCAGGGUCGUGUUCCUCCAUUUCUCCAGCCAGACCCUUCCCACGGCUCUCUAGGUUGGGGGAACGCGGAUCCGCUGCCUUGUAUUUUUGUGUUGGGUGCCGAUACUCUCGCACUCGCGGGGUGUCCCGUAUGUUCCAUAUUUGUCAAUUUUUUAAAACUACCUUUGAACGCGAAGACAGUUUUCGGA